GCCCCGGAGCGAUCAUUAACGAAGCAAACCCAUUCUCAACCGAAAUCAGGCGGUAUAAUUUAAGAUUUUUAAUAGUUUUAUUCUUCCAAUUGACUAAAUGGUUAUGAGUGGACGAUGUCCGCCGAAACAGAUUGUAAAACUCCAUUGAGGCUUCAUCUCGUGCGAGUUUCGCCGUGUUGUCGAAUGAUCUGGCUGUAUGCACUGCAGGUAAGGCCGGAAAGUAAAUAUUCACAGCAACUCUUCGCGUAAACUUAAAUUCUCUAAUCGUAAUGCAAUCAGCUACGAUUAUAUGGCCUCGGAAGAAAACAAACUUAACAAUAGCAAUACUGAAAUAUUACAUUCGCACCAAUCCAGCUGUAAAAAAUUUCCUUCAUUUAAAAUGUGUAUUUGGUCUUGUAACAAGGAAACCAGUCAGGUGUUUUGUCGAAGUCUUAGAUCCACAACCACUGCUUGCGGCAUUCCUUCUUAUGCUAUGUCUUAAAAGUUUAUUUGAACUUAGAGCGGCCAAACUUUUUCGCUAAUCGGUUACCCAAUUUUGCAAAAAGUCUCGCAGCCGGUAUAAUUUUAUUCCUCGUUGUCAUACUUUUCGCUAAAACAUCUUGCAGAAUCUCAGAACUCUCGCAUAAGCUCAGACUUCGAUAAUCCGUCUUUCAAAAGGGUAGAUUGCCACGAUCAAAGGCAAGAUAAAUUGUUUAUCAUAAAUUGAAUAAAUGUCUGGUGCGGAAUGAAAAAUCGCAUUUUAUUCGUUAUUUUACCAAUUACAGUUUGUCCUUUUUGCAUCUCAUUUCAAUUUCACAGUUGGCGAUUUUACGGUCAUUUGCACUUACAAUUGAAUUGGGUUUUUUAAGAAUAUGGUAAAAAGUCAGAGGAAAAUGAAAAUAAGACUGCCAAAAACUCUAAAAUGAUUGAUUUUUCCAGAAAAAUAUCAUCUGUGAAAAUUUAGAAUCCAGGAAAUAAUUCAAGUCCUCAAUAUUUCCUCUUCUUCGUUUUAAUUUUGGUCCAGUGCAUGUAUGAGAUACUUUACAUUCUUGUUUCUUUGAUCUCAUCCAGCACAAAAUACCUUGCGAAUUAGCAGACGUUAAUGUCUUUAACGGAGAACACCGUGAGCCGAAGUUCGUGGCGAUGAAUCCACACGAAGAAGUUCCGAUACUGACUGAUGGAAGCACAACAGUUUUUGGAGGGUUUGUGUCAGAUUAUUCUCACGUUUUAUGGAGCUAGCCUUAGGCGACAAGUUUGCAUACAUGUUUUUCAGUAAUUAAUUUUUAACGGUUAUUUAACCAAAAAAACUUAUUUUCCUCAGUCAAUCGCGUAACGGACUGAGGUAAAAAUGUUUCAACUGCCCCUGAUUAAGGCCUACUCUGAGACCUUAAGUCGCCUUAAGUCGCCUUAAGUCGCCUUAAGUCACCUAAAGUCGCCCAAAGUCGCCUAAAGUCACCUUAAGUCGCCUUAAGUUUCCUUAGGGUUGCUAUUGGUUACGCAAUGUCAUAAGGGUUCCACCCGUCCCAAUUGACCCUAUCCACUCCACUCCAAUCAUAGUUUUCUGCAGCUAGAAAAGUAGUUGGAGAGGCUGGAAAGGAAGUAGUUUUAUAAAGGACCUUAGCAUUUGGUUCUCAGUAUGGUAUUGGAGUGUUUUGUCUAACUGAGGCAGGAGAACAACAAAUUGGUUGGGUCGCUGAAAAGGAUCCGUGCAAUAUUGGAUGCUGUUGGAAAGGCAAGCGACUUGCCAAACUUUCAUGCCAAAAUUGACAAUGCAAGUGCCAAAAAUAUGGAAGACAAGUUUACCAAGAUAACAAUUUUUAUAAUUUGUGGAGCUUUGUGAAAUAAUAAAUACACGUAAAUAAUCAUGUUAUUUUUAAUUAAUUAUGUGGAAAAUUUAUGGAUAGUUUCAUCAAAGUUGUGUCUCUUUUCUUAAAUUAAAAAUUUAUGGCACUAUGUGUAUAUUUAUGAUAGGUUUGCUUGAUGUUAGCAUAUAACCUAUGAUGUUUUCCUGGCUAUUUAUUUACUAGCUUUGACUGUAUAAUUUUACAAUAGCUGUUGUGGUAAUUCUGUCUGAACAUUUUUAGCUAAAUUGAUUUGAAAUCUGGGUAUUUUAGACUAUGGUGACUUAUGAGCAUACCUAAGUAACCGAAACGACUGUUGUGUUUAUUGCAAGGGAUUCUGUAGACAUUUUUAAAGUUUAUGGAGAGACUGUUGCUAACUUUGGUUACAUCGCUUCAGUCAAAUAAAAUCGCUUUAAGUCGCCUCAAGUCGCCUUAAAUCGCCUAAAGUCGCUAUACUUUUUUGUGUCAUUUUGCUAAAGUCGCCUUAAGUCGCCUUAAAUCGCCCAAAGUCGCCUUAAAUCGCCCAAAGUCGCCUAAAGUUACGGCGACUUAAGUUCCCAGAGCGCAAAUAAUUUUGAUCUCAUUCCAUCUUUUAGGAUAGCGAUACUACGUUACUUUGCCCAGAAAUACACAGACUUUGCCGGCUGGGGAAAAACAAGCGAAGACCGCUACAGGGUGCAUUCAGUUCUAGACUGGGCCAGCUCCAAGUUGUUAGAGUAAGUUUGAAUGAUGCCACCACUUUUGUGUUUAUAGGUUUUCGGACCUUUAAUGGUGCUUGCCCUUGGGAACUUUGACCAGUAAAUCAUCGCUAGAUAAAACCGUUGAUUAUUGUUGCUUCAUUUCUCCAUGCAUGCUUUUUGAUGUGAAAGAGGGAAAGGGAACUCAAAGUUUCAAAAAAAAGAAGAAAAUAAUAACUGAACACUGAGAAACGAGACGGUUGAGUGGUGGCCGUACAUACUGAGGAAACUGUCGUGUAUACUCGAGACAGUUGAGUGGUGGCCGUACAUACCGAGGAAAUUGUCGUGUAUACUCGAGACAGUUGAGUGGUGGCCGUACAUACUGAGGAAACUAUCGUGUAUAGUGACAAAUGAAAGAACUAUUUCUAGUCUCAUAGUACUUUCCCUUUUUUCCCGUUGUUUAUACCAUAAAAUCAAGUAGGCAGUGCAUAUGGAUUACCUGAAUAAGAUCACGAAAACAUAACGGAGAAAUUUUAUGCGGGCCCGAAUCUGAACCAUUUUCAACUUAAUCACUGUUUCACUUUCACUGAGUUUGUUUGGGUCGAGGGUUUUUGAAAUCAGAUGGGGUUUACACCGUAAAAAAUAAAUUGCAUCUGACUACUUUUGUUCGAGGCUUUCUGGUUAACUUCCCGAGUAAAUGAGUCAAAAAAAGAUGGAAAAAUUUUCCUCCUCGAUCUGAGGUUUGAACCAUAUCAUUUGGAUUUAACUUUGGAUUAAUAAGCCCCUCUCCUUUUGUCGCACGAUGGGGCUUUCUAUCUACAACAAUUCAAAGAGACGAGAUUUAGUUUUUUUUCAUAUUUUUUCCAUGUAAUUUCACCGAUUAGCCUCGAUUAUUUGUACUCGACCCAUUUCCCGCGGUCUCAUCCAAACAAUGUAACCAUAUCGAAUGUUUGUGAUUUAAAUCUAAUUGCAACCUUUCCAUCAUAAUUACUCUUCUGUGUUUCUUCAUAAUGUAGUGUUCUAGGCUACAAAUACGUGUAUCCUCAGUUGCUGGAAAGAUAUCACCUUCCGAACGAGGCCGCCACAGAGGAACUAGUUGAUAAAGGAUUGUCAGAGGCCAGUGAACUCCUGGAAGCCUUGGAGAAUUACUAUCUUGGAGACAAUCCAUUCUUGUGCGGAUCUGAACUAACUGUGGCUGAUAGUUACGUUGCAACCAUUCUAUGUCAGGCAGAGUGGGUUGACUUUGACUUCAAACUUUGGCCCAGGCUCUGGGAGUGGCUAACGAGGGUCAAAGGUCAAGAACAUUGGCGCGAGGUGCAUUCUACGCAUGACGAGUUCCUCCAGAAGCUUAAGAAAGAUCACUCCAUUGAAAGUGACUCGUCUUGAAGCAGCUCAAUAUACUAACUGCAUUUGCAACUUCUUAAUGUUCAACGACAAUCAUAGCGUAGGAAGUUUCCACCGUCCAACAGAAAAAAUGGGUGCAUAUUGCGUACGUGUGUCUAGUACAAAUUGAAAUAACUGUAUUAGUAAAUGAUUACAUGCUUACAGCUUUUCUGCACUUUCAGUCUGUUUCAAGGGUAUGCUGAAUAGAUAUCAAUGGGUGCAUAGGUUAACCAAAGAGCAGUAGUUUUCAACGCAUUUUUUGGAUAAACUAUGUAACAGUUAGACUAAGAUUUCCGAGUUUUCUAAGCAAAUCGAUCCACGGGAGAGUUUCUAAACUAAUCAGAUUAUGAUUACCAAAGAACAAAAUUUUGCAAAUGUUUAAGAAACAGCAAAUAUAAUUUUAAAAUAAGAUCAGUUUAUGAGAACGGAAAUAACGGAAAGAUAUCAACGCGAGGAUUUCCGUAAUAUAUUUAAUUCUGUAAAACAAAGAAAGAUACAAUUUGGGUACAAUUCGCGAUGGCAUUCCGAUCAUAUUUGAAGCGUUACCAUAUCAGACAUACAAAAUGGAUGCACGAAUCACAAAGGUCAAUUGUAGAUGUGAAAUGUGAGCACGUAUGAUCGGAACUCUAUUCUGUAUCAAUAAAUUACAAAAGACUGGUUUACUCUCCGAAAUAACCUUGCUUCGCCACCUCAGGCUCUCCUUAAGAUACGACAAUCUACAAAACGCAUGGUUUCUACGACGAUAAACUUUCUCUUAACGUUUGUUUUUUCGAAUUCAAUUGGUUCCGAAUAUCUCAAGGAGUUUCGCUCAUUAAAGAGAAAUUUCCGACUUAUCACGUCAGGUCCUACGAUGUAGCUACGCCACCUCACUUGUGUUAAGCGAUUACCUCAUGUAAGCCUGUCAUGUACAGUAAACUUCAAAGAAACUAUAACAGCAUUACGUCAUUUGUUGACGCAAAUCCUACUGAAUCCUUCACUGCUCUUGCAAGGUGUCUGGUUGCUUCGCACUAGACAAGAAAACUAACUUAUGAAAGAUAAGAUGCCACGCCGCAUUUUUUGUUUUGUUCUUCUUUAGCCUGUUUUCAUUAAUCAUUAUCUAUCUUAGCCCGACAGUUAGAGAAUUCUGUCGUCUUCUCUCCCUGAUAUACCUCAGUAGAAUGCUUUCUCAUUGAGAGUGCCUUUUGGGGGAUUGGCACGGGGAGACAAUGGGCUCAGAGUAACACGGUCAGAAAAAAAAAUGCUCAUAUUAACUUACUUGCAAUAAGUUUAUUUGGUGGAUGUAUGCGAAAUAAUACAUUAAAACGAUUAAGUACGUUUAAAAUCCUAAUUAAAUGCUAUCACUUAAUAUCUAUCCAUAUUUGAAAUAAAAGAGAGAUCUCUGAAUAUGUGAAGGCU